UGUGAAAUUGUGAACCAAAACAAUUCUUCCGGAUUUUUGUGCGUUGCGGUGUACUUUCUACAGUUUUUACUUCAUCAGUGCUUUACAUUCAGACACCUUUUUCAAAAUGAUGCGCUACGAAGGAAACGAAGAGCUUGCGGACAAAUCCGCAUGUGCCGGCGUCCGGGCGGACCUGAAAAUGUGUUUACUACAAAGUGAUUGCUGCAAAAAGGAAAAGAAAACUCCCCGAGAGUGUCUCAAUCGCACCGAUGGAUCCGUUCCUAACGAAUGCUUUGUUUUGCGGAAUACGUUCUUCGAGUGCAAAAGAUCCAUGCUCGAUAAUCGGCAGAGGUUUCGUGGCAGGAAAGGUUACUAAAAGUUAUAAACGAAUUCUAGGAGGUGAUUACAUUUUGUUUUGGAUCAGUUAGAACAACCCAUAAUAAUGUUAGUGUGAAACCUUGUGCUUAAAAUAUAGCUUAAUCCCAAUCCAAGCUCACGUU